AUGCAGCUGACACCGGAACAAGAGCAGCAAGAACGAGAGAACAGCAAUCUAUUGGCGUCAAUCGGGAAUGUCGACGCGCAGAUCGCGAGGCGCGUUCUGCGCAAGCACAGGGGCGACAUGGAUAAAGCAGCAGACGCCAUACUUGCGGGAGACAGAGGGGCGGAGGCCUGGGAGACGCAACAUCGGACGACGCCUGAGCCCAUGUACACCGACGGCACAACACCAGUGCACCAAAUCACACAGCUGCCCUCGACCUCGGUGAUCGACCUGACGGCGGACGACGACGAAACAAUGGCCCAGGCGAUGAAGAUGUCCUUGAUGGAUCAGUCGAGCCAGAGCAGCGUGCACUUUGGGCCAACCGACCGGGCACCCCACCCAGAGUGGCAGAUGGUGCCAUCGAACGCGCCAGUGGGGGGUGUAUCAGCGGAGGACAGGGGUCUGGACGAUGCUAUUCAAGCUAGCCUUCAGGACUUCCACAAGGAGGAGGAAGACACGACGCCUCUGGAACCAGUCCUCAGAGAGGGAAACCGCCCUACGGUUCUGCGCCAUGAAAGUCCAUCUCUGGCCUACGCUGCAUUGCUCCUCCAAGCCAUAUACUACAUCCCGCAAGCACGUUCUAUCAUAUCGACUAUGCGUCUCCCAGAUAUCCAAGAGAGCUUGCCUCUCGAUCAUGAAGAUCGCGCUCUCUGGAAUUUAAUCGAACUAUUCACCAACAUGGAUCUGGCCCAGCUGUCCCUUCUCAUGGAUGUCUCCGUCAUCCCAUCCUUGCGUAUUCCCCCUUUCGAUGGUACGCGUGAGCUCAGCCUCCAAACGGCAGAGGUUGUCAGGGAGAUCAGCAUCUUGAUUCAAGAGCACUUAGGUGCACAGGUUCAGACAAGUGGUCUUCAGGAAGAACCGGACCGUCUUUUCUCUUUCACACACGGGCGUGUGACGCUCGCCCACAACCGCUCGAGCAAGUUGGAUCGCAGCCGCGAUAUCGGUGUUACAGUCCCCGUAACCUGUGGAGGGGAUAGCACCCACAACGAUCUCGUUUCAUGUUUGACCGACAUGCUCAUCACAAUGGCGGAAGGUGGAGGCUGGAACCACGACGUCAUUAUCACCCCUUCGGAGGCCCUUGCCUUCGAGAUUCGACGUCUGCCUAAUGCUCCAGGGAAGGCCUCGCCCGAUCCUUUAAUCUAUCCCAAAACACUAUACCUGGAUAGGUUCUUGUUUGAUAAUGUCAGCCUCGUAAACGAAAAGCGGUCAACAGAACGCAAGACGUUGAGAAGGAUCAGGGAGCUGAGUGAGUAUAAAGAGAAACUCACGCGUCACAAUGGCCGGGACACGCUGCAAGACCUGCGAGCAAGCAUUCAUUACUAUGAGCAUGUCGCAGAUCGAGGAAACGACCCCGUCCGGCAGCGUACCCUUGAACGUACUGCUGCCCACCUCAAGGACGUGAUGACCAUGAUCCUCGGCAAAGUUGAAGACAUCGAUCAUCAGGUUGAGCUACUUCAAACCGAGGUGGCUGCAAUCUACGAUUGUCCAGAACUGCAACAAUUCGACUACGACCUUCGUUCAGUUCUUGUACACACUGGCCUUCCUGGACGAAAGCAGAUAUACUCGUAUGUCCAAGAUGUCGAGGGCACCUGGUGGAAGACGGUCGACUGUGAAGUUACGGAGGUCCCAGAAGAGACGGUUCUAUCAGACCCCACUGGCUUGCACAUGGGAGCAGGGCCGUACAUGCUAUUCUACAGCCGACACCUGUCAGACGAGCAGUUGCACGAACCUCUGGUGUGGCCGAACAUAUUCUCUAGCGCCGUUGAAGAAAACAACAAGCAGUUCUUGGCCAUGGUGCAUCCAGAACUAGGGAUCUUCGCAAAGGCGUCUGUACCCGAGCCCCCUCAAAACCCGCGACCUACGACACCUCGAGAGCUGCCUUCUAUACCCACUCGGCCAGUUGUGAGAGAGCAUUCACGGAGUAUAACUGCUGAUGAGAGGUCGCCGCAACUUCGUUAA